UAGUGCAGUGGAGGCCUAUAUAUAGCACGCCUUGGAGGAUAAGUUUCUCUCGCAGAAAAGCAAAAUUAAGAAGCAGAAUCGUCUUGUUGAAUUGUAAUCCUCAUUAAGCUAAUUGGAAGGUUGUUUUCUGAAGAUUAAGAAGCGAAAAUGGCCGAUGACAAUACUGCAACUUGCAUCGAUCUUAUCUUGGCCAUCAUCUUGCCUCCUCUUGGUGUCUUCUUUAAGUAUGGUUGCCAGGUUGAGUUUUGGAUCUGUUUGGUCCUGACUUUCUUUGGGUACAUCCCUGGGAUUAUCUAUGCAGUAUAUGCCAUCACUAAGUGAUGAUAAUUCAUCUUCAAUGGAAAGCUCUAACUGUGUGAUUGGAUUUCAAGACUUGUGUUUUGGUGUAGUCAGAUGGAUCAAUCUUGUGUGUCUGUUUUCUUUUUGCUUUUUUUUUUUUUUUUUUCCCCAUGAAUUCCUAAUUUGCCUUAAAAAUGGGGUAUUUUCAUGUUAUUUUUAGUGGCUCUUUAAACUUCAAAUGGUUAUUAUUUUGAUUGUCUACCCAAUUAUCAUCUUAGAAGUACUUCUUUAUUAUGAUAAUAAUAAUAUUAUUAUUAAGUUCA